GUUAUUGAAAAGGAUCAGUUUUCACACCCACUGAUCGCCACAUCCCAUUUGAAGCUGGCGCAUGAAAGCCACUCUGCGCCGUGCGUCCUGCUCAACUUGGCCACUCGCGUCGUGUGCACCGUGUGCGAUGUAGCGCGCCUGCUCACUUUCCUCCUGCUCCUCAUUCCCAAUAAAUCUUGGGGCUUCAGCGAACAGGAGGGCCUCAAGAUGAUCCUGUUCCGCAAAUUCCGCGUCUUGAUCCUGACCGUCUUCCUGAUCGCGUGCUCUUUGCACAUCCUGAUCGACUUGUUGCCGCGGCUGGAGAGUAAAGGCACUGGCGGCUGCUCCUGCUCUCACACUCCCAGCGAGGAGCCGCGCAACUGGGCCCAGCCUCCGGGCCGAGCCGCCGCCCUGGAGCAUCUACCGCCUCACAAACACACACUGCGAAUACUGCAGGACUUCAGCAGCGAGCCCGGCUCCAACGUGUCCUCACUCUCGCUGGAGAAGCUCAGCCCGGCCGGGGAGGACACGGAGGCGCAGAGGAGGAGGACAGGUGAGUCCCGUGCCAAGGCGGGACAGGACCGGAAACAGGAGAUGCGCGCAGCCGGAGUGAGGACACGCUCCAGACUCACAGCGCUGUUCGAGCACCCGCUCUAUAAGAGACCGUUACCUGUCCUCACUGACCAGGACACACUGUUCAACGUCAACACCGACAUCAGGUUUGACCCCAAAGCAGCAGACAACCAAGAAUGGCAUGAACAGGAGAAGAAUGGGGAGUACAACCCUACAGGUGAGCUCACUGCACACUCUUACCCUAACUGGCUGCGCUUCCACAUUGGCAUCAACCGCUAUGAGCUCUACUCCCGCCACAACCCUGUCAUCGAUGCAAUGCUGAAGGACUUGAUUACACAGAGAAUCACCAGUGUUGCCAUGAAAUCUGGAGGCACGCAGCUGAAGCUCAUCAUGACAUUCCAGAACUACGGCCAAGCGCUCUUCAAACCUAUGAAGCAGACACGGGAGCAGGAGACGCCACCGGACUUCUUCUACUUCUCUGAUUUUGAGAGACACAAUGCUGAGAUCGCUGCUUAUCAUCUAGACAGAAUCUUGGAUUUUCGGCGCGUUCCUCCCGUAGCUGGAAGGCUGGUGAAUAUGACCAAAGAAAUCCGAGACGUAACCAGAGACAAAAAGCUGUGGAAAACCUUCUUCAUCUCUCCAGCCAAUAAUAUCUGUUUCUAUGGUGAGUGCUCGUACUACUGUUCCACUGAGCAUGCUCUGUGUGGGAAGCCAGAUCAGAUAGAGGGAUCUCUGGCAGCGUUCCUCCCUGACCUGGCCCUGGCCAAGCGCAAAACCUGGAGGAACCCUUGGAGACGCUCCUACCACAAGCGCAAGAAAGCUGAGUGGGAGGUGGAUCCAGACUACUGUGAGGAGGUGAAACAAACUCCCCCGUAUGACAGCGGCACUCGCCUGCUGGACAUCAUGGAUAUGACCAUCUUUGACUUUCUCAUGGGGAACAUGGAUCGUCAUCACUAUGAGACAUUUGAGAAGUUUGGAAAUGAGACCUUCAUUAUUCACCUUGAUAAUGGAAGAGGGUUUGGCAAACAUUCUCAUGAUGAAGUCUCAAUUCUGGCACCUCUAAGUCAGUGUUGCAGAGUGAAGAAGUCGACUCACUUGCGUCUGCAGCUGCUGGCUAAAGAGGAAUACAAGCUGAGCUUUCUCAUGGAGGAGUCACUGCAGAGAGACUCGCUGGCCCCCAUCCUCAUCCAGCCCCACCUGGAAGCAAUGGACCGCCGUCUGCGCCUCGUGCUGCAGGUGCUGGCUGACUGUAUCGAGAAGGAGGGCUACAGCAGUGUGGUGGAGGAUGAUAUGACUUCGGAAAACAUGGACAAAGCCUCGACUCCUCUGAGGUAGUAGGUGUGGAGGAGCCGGUCUUCCAGCUUUCCGACACAUCUCAGCAGAUGACGAACUUCUCACAAAGGAAGCUCUCGAAGAUGACUUUUCUGAAUUCAGUGAAUUCCAAAGACUCCAUCCGCAAUCAGUGGACCAUGUGUGUCAUGUUAAAGACAUAGAUGUGGACAACAUGUGCAUUGCUGCCUGAGUAUGUGGACAUUUGUGUCUUAAUGCAGUAUAAUGGGGGUCUUUUAUUCUUGCUCUUAAUAGCAAAGAAGAACUGUGCAUUUAACAGAGGUUUCUUUUUUCUUUUUUCUUUUUUUAAAGUCGAAGAGCUUUGAGUGGAGUGCAGGUUAGCUCCAAUAUGUGUAGCUGCCAAUAAUUAUUUAUUAAGUUUUAUAUUUAUUUUCAAGAAUUGUUUGACCAACUUCUUAUGUCAUUACAGAAAAGAUGGAUGGCUUCAGAGAAAACUUUAAUGAAAUUUCAGUGUUUGUGAUAGUAUUUAGAAAGUGAUUGUUUUGUGUAUUAAAGACAUUCCUGAUAUAGCCUGUUGGAUACCAAGAAAUCCUAUUAAUCACUCUCUCAGUAUCAAUAAAACACAUCAGUGCAAUCUCUCUGAUCACCGGAAAGGUUUGUAACAAAUCUAAUCAUAAAGUAUCAUAAAAAAUCAUAAUCAUAAAUUAGCUCAGAAUAUUAGAGAGGUUGCCGAAUUUAUUGUGCAUACUGGAUAUGUUCAUUUAUAAGACCAGGUGGAUUGACUUACAGAAUACACAGUAAAUGAAUUACAGCAUAAAUGUCAGAGGUAAAUAUUUGAAUGGACCAGCAUUCUUUGCGUUUUCACUUUGAGGUUUAGCUUACACGUAGAACAGUGGUAUUUUGGCAAUGUAUUAUUCACACCUGCAUCCGCAUUCAUCAGAUCCUCUUUAUAAAUAAUGGUUUGGUUUUGACUGAUUUACAAUAUUUCCACGGGCUUUAUAUAAACUGUGCCGUGAUUGUGCUAGGCUGGAAUGCUGCUAUGUCAGAACAUUUAGGAUUUCGGGGGUAAGCAGGAUACUGAGAUAUGUAUAUCUGUGCAGGAAAAGCACACUCUCGCUUUCUUUCUUUAUCGCACUCUGAGGAAAGAUGACUGGGUCUCUCCUUUGCCAAGCACGAACUUGAACAUGUGUUUGGUCAAAAAGCUUUUAUUUUAUUCAACAAAACACUCUUUCUUGUUCAUAAACCUUAUUUGCAAGGGUUUUUACAGUCUAUUUAUAGAUUUUUAUCACAUUUAUUUCCAAUAUAUUUGAAAAUCCUGGUUUUGACAUUAUGUAUAAGCCUAGUAUUUACCAUUAUUUGCUGUCUUUUUUUUUUAAUGAAGAAUGAACAUGGGUGUUAAUGUACAAAACAAAGACUUUAAACUGCACUAGAGCAUAUUUCAGUAUCUGUUGAAAAAGUCCUGUAUAUAUUAUGUGAAUCCAUUACCUGUGCAAUUAUAGAAAUACUUGAACAUAUGGAUUCUAUAGAACUGGCUUACAUAAACUGAGCGAUGGCAUUUCAUUGCCAAAUUAAGGUAAGUUUUUUUUCAUUCACUGUACAUUAUUUUACAGUGUUCACAUUGAGUUCUGUCAGAAAUAUCACUAACAUAUGAACUGUAGAGAUGCCUACAUGCUUUUUAAUUGCACCGUUUCUGUGUAAGGUUUCUUUUUCAUGUCCAAGUGCAAUAAACUGACCAUUGUAGCA